AUGAACAACGGAUCCCAAAACCGCAACUGGCAUGGAACUGUAGGUGACCGCUACGAACAUCACAACGUCUGGGUUAGAGGCGGCGCUAUCCAAACCCUGCCCGCUAGAAGACCCUCUGUCGACAUGGACGACAGACAUGGCUCAACGUCAUCCGAGUCGUCCACCACUUCUGCCCAUGGAGCAAGCCCUCCACGCACUGGGAACGAGGAGCGGAGGCGGUCAAGCGUGGGUUCAAGUCUCUUUGGAGGCUUGACCAGCACGAAGCGGAAUACCGCUGAUCCUAGCAUGGCUGCUCGUCGGCAGAGUUGGAAGGAGCAGCGUGAGCAGGGUGGCUUCUUCUCGAAGCUCUGGGAUGGAUACACCAGGGGCCCUUGA